AUGCAAUUUCAAUCCAAGCAGGCCCCCAAACAGGCUCCUCGAACAACAAAGGAGACGAGUAUUACCAUCAUCAACGUGAAUGCCCAGAUCCGCUCUCAGCUUUUCUCAAUAUUCAUUGACUCUUACAAUCCGUCUGCACCAACGGGUCCAGUCUCCUUCCGAUUCAAGAAUGCCUCGAAUCUAUUGGAAGCCUUCCCGUCUAUGCUGGACGGCAAGAACAGCCAAUUACUGGACCGGGCCACAUCGGCACUUGCGUCUGUGUUUGUCGGCAAGAAGUUUAAGAAUGAACAAAUGAUUCAUCAUGGUGUCGCACUGUACAACCAGGCAAUACAUUCGUUUUCCCGUCUAAUAUCGCGUCAGGGACUGCCUGUUCGAGAGGUUCUUUGUGCCAAUCUUGUGUUCCAGUUUUACGAGAUGAUAAACUCCACGGCGGGCUUCUCGGGAUGGAUGGCACAUAUGCAAGGAGCCAAUGCUGUGGUCUCUCAGCAUGAGAAGUCAUUAGAAAGGGAUCGGGUAUCCAUUAUGCUCUUCCGUCAACUCAAACUAUCAAAUAUCUUCCAUGCGAUUGGGAAAUCCAGAUCUGCCCUCUACUUCUGCCCAAUGUGGCAAUCCUUAACAUCGGGCACCGACGGCAAUGAAUGGGCCAAUCCAGUUGACGAAAUCAUCGAUAUCCUCAUGAGGUGCACUCUUUUUGUCGAAUACAUCGACAAUAUAUACUCUGGCCAUGAUACAAUACAGUUGAUGAAACUUUGCAAAACCUUGAAACGCCAGGCCGAAUUGUGGUACGCGAGGCUAAAUUCCACAUCGCCAAGUCCAUUAUACACGGUCAUCCCUAAUAAAGCCGACAUUUCCCGGUCUCACAUCACCAAACCACUCUUUCCGGAAACAUACCAUUUCGUUUCUAUCGAAAUAGCAGAGGCACAUAUGCUAUAUUGGACAGCCUCACUUAUCAUCUACACCCUCUUCCAAGAGAUUGAACGUCGAGAGGAAUCUUCACAUACCAUCUUGCUUGAUGCUCAAAGCUCAAACCUUAUUCAUGACACCAAAGAGGGCGAGCCGAGUUCAUUCAUGAAAAAUGCCGAAUUAUAUACUGACCAAAUCUGCCGUGCGGUGGGAUACUUUAUUCAACCACACAUGCAUAUCCUGGGUGGCCAUAAUUUACUCUUCCCCGUGUCGAUGGCGGCUCAAUUCUUCUAUCGCAAUGAAAUUGACGAUCGCUAUCUAUGGUGUCAAGAAGUCUUUUCUUUCCUCGAGUCGCUCGGGCUCGGCCUGGCGCAUAUCUUACGAGGGACACCUUGGUCAAGAUACAAAUCAGGCAGCGGUUUGCAAUCAUGA